AUGUCUGCGCUACGGAGGAAAUUUGGAGAGGACUACCAGGUUGUGAACACUAACAGAGCAGCCGCGUUUGCGGCGCCCGUCAAAAAGAAGCGGCAGCGCUUCGUCGACAAGAACGGGCGCUGCAAUGUGCAACACGGGAACCUCGGUGGGGAGACCAGCAGAUACAUCUCGGACCUGUUUACUACCUUGGUGGAUCUGAAAUGGAGAUGGAACCUGCUCAUCUUCAUCUUGACGUACACGGUCGCCUGGCUGGUGAUGGCUUCAAUGUGGUGGAUCAUCGCUUAUAUCAGGGGCGAUCUCAACCAAGGUCAUGACCAGAACUACACACCGUGCGUUGCAAAUGUUUACAACUUUCCGUCGGCUUUUUUGUUUUUCAUAGAGACAGAGGCCACGAUCGGCUACGGUUACCGCUAUAUUACUGAGAAAUGUCCCGAAGGCAUCAUUCUGUUCCUGUUUCAAUCACUGCUGGGCUCCAUCGUGGACGCCUUUCUCAUCGGUUGCAUGUUCAUAAAGAUGUCCCAACCUAAGAAGCGGGCAGAGACACUAAUGUUCAGCCAGGACGCCGUUAUUUCUCAGCGGGACGGCAAACUAUGCCUCAUGUUUAGAGUUGGAAACUUAAGAAACAGCCACAUGGUGUCCGCACAGAUCAGAUGCAAACUCAUCAAGUCUCGACAGACCCCGGAAGGUGAAUUCCUGCCCUUGGACCAGUGUGAGUUGGACGUGGGCUUUGGGACAGGGGCGGACCAGCUGUUCCUGGUGUCACCGCUCACCAUUUGCCAUGAGAUAAACUCCAAGAGCCCAUUCUUCGACCUUUCCCAGCGCUCACUGAGGAGCGAGCAGUUCGAAAUUGUCGUCAUCUUAGAGGGCAUCGUGGAGACUACAGGUAUGACGUGCCAGGCCCGGACAUCCUACACAGAGGACGAGGUGCUCUGGGGUCACCGUUUCCUGCCGGUCAUGUCUCUGGAGGAGGGCUUCUUUCGGGUGGACUAUUCCCAAUUCCACAACACCUUCGAGGUGCCCACACCCUCCUACAGCGUGAAGGAGCACGAUACGAAGGCGUCGCUGCCCUCGCCGCUGGUAACGCCCACCCUGGGUGAGGCACGGGGCCGGCCGGACCGCGUCUUCUCGGCGGACGGGCUGGACGCGGCGGAUGAGCGGCCGGCGGGGGCCAGGCUGCCCAGCAAGCUACAGCGCAUGAGCACCUCGGGGAAGGACGAGCUGCAGCGCAAGGUGCUGAAGCUGAGCUCGCACCACGCCGAGAAGGCCUCCAGCACCGGGGACUUGCCGCUCAAGCUGCAGCGCCUGGGUUCUGCGCCGGCCCAGGGCGACGCUGAGGACAGGCUCCAGCUCCGAGCCCUCCGCGUCGAGGUCGGGCCCAUGACCCAGUCCACUGGCGACCUCCAGCACCACCCCCCGCCCCCCCCUGCACUGCCCUACCCCCAGCCUUGCGGCCGGCGGCCGGCCGGAGAACAGCCUCCCUGCCAAGCUGCGUAGGAUGAACGCCGAUCGCUGACACUUGGGGCCAUCAACCACUCGAUGGACUCAGAAGGGUUACGGGGCGAUCAGGAAAGUAGACAGGAAGAGAAGAGAGCUUCUACACUAAAACUUUAACUUGGAGUACUGUGAUUUUUUGGUAACACUUUAGUUAAGGUCAUGUUUUUAGUCAUUUUUAAACACAUUCAUAACAAAUAAUAAUGCAUUCAUAAAGCAUUAUAAACAUGGCUAUAAAUGUUUAUAAAAAGGCACACUAGAGUAAUGUUUAUUAUGCAUUAUGAAUUCCUUAUGAAGCUCUCACUUAUAAUGCAUUAUAGAUACAUUUAUAAUGUAUAACCAUUAAGGAUGCUUUGUGCUGCAUUAUGAUGGUAUCUAUAGUGCAUUAUAGAGCUUCAUAUAGCUUCAUAAGGCAGUCAUAAUGCAUAAUAAACAUGGCUAUAAUGUGUUAUGCCUUUUGAUAAAUAUUUAUAGGCAUAUUUAAAAGGCUUUAUGAAUGGAAAUAGUGCAUUAUGAAUGUGUUCAUAAAUGACUAAAAACGUGGCUUUAAGAAAACUGUUGCCGAUUCUUUUUCUGGGGGGGUUUUUCUUUCCAGUUAUGGGUCAACACCAGUCUCGGGUCCAUCCCAUUCUCUCCAUCCUGCAUGAUCAGGUCGCACGCCACCAACACCAAUGCCAUGAAUCACCGCCUCACCAUCUCUCGUAAUUUUUAAGUCAGUAAAUUAAACUUGCGAAAUGGUAAACUGAAAUACAUCAAAUUAGAGUGUAUUUUUUAUUAUUUUUUUUUAACUCCAUCAACAGGAAAUGAGUUUGGAUGACCCUCCAAAAAUAUACUUAUAUGAUAGAAAUAUAUUUUUUCCAAAUACCUCAUCCAAAGUGACAUACAAUUGAAAGGGGGGUCAGACAGUCCCUGGAGUAAGUGGGACUUAAGGGUCCUAACUCAGGGGGCCAACAGUGACAUCACUUUUAUUACUAUGGGAUCUGAACCAAUGAUCUUCCGAUCCCUGACACGGCAUCCUAACCCACCGAGCCAAACACACCAGCCUGAUACAUUAUUAUUAUUAUUAUUAUGUUACAUAGCCGAUAAAACUAGUCAUUCAAAGACGAUGUAAGAGAUGAAGAGUUUUAAAUUACACCUUGUAUAAAUGAGUGUUGCUUUUGUCAAACUUCCAAAAUUCAUGCAUUUGAUUGGAAGUUUCUUCAGUAAUUAAAAAGCUGUCAUUACCCGACUCCCCUUUGAAAAUAAUAGGGACCAGCAGUUACAUUAUAACCAUAAUAAUCAGGACUAAAAGCUUCCAAGACUCGUGUCUGAUAAGGAUUAUCUGCUCGGGGGACAAUAUGGCUUAAAUCCACAGGAAGCCGUUGUUUGGUAGAAGAGAAAUGCGGGUAGUUAAAAAUUAAACCGGCACCCGUAAAUCUUACCGGCCAUUACUGACUUGGGUCUCCAGGUUCCUCCACACCCUGCUCACACCCACAAAUAACAGCUUCUUCCUCUCACUGGUUUGCUGUCAAAUUUAUGUAUCAAUUUACAUCAGUGUUCUUUUCUGUGCCUAUGGACAUGCGAGCCUGAAGUACGCAUAUUUUACAUGUGAAGAUGUGUACAUAAACUAGCUAAAUGCAUUAAAUUAAACAAGUUUC